CUAUUUUGUGAAUUCUGUUUAACUUUACAGCAGUGCGGAGCAGGACCUCCGAAGAAAUAAACGGAGAGUGAACCGAGCUCUUGUAUUAUUUCUCUCUGGUCCGUUUUCUAUCAGUUUUGGGAUUUGACAGUUGUUUUAGUAGCCGCACAUCUGUUCGCUUCGUCUGGACCAAGUAAACUCAGCGCCGACAGACAAAAAUGGAUAUAGAGAAGGAAGUUAAGAAGAUGACCCUCGGGCACGAGUUUGGGGCUGGAGCGGCCUGUUUGAAAUGCAAGGACAAGUGUGAAGGCUUUGAACUACAUUUCUGGAGAAAAAUCUGCAGAAACUGCAAAUGUGGCCUCACAGAGCACAACGUGCAGAUGAACUCGGAGGAGAACAAGAAGGUAGGCAAGCUGUUCGAGGACACCAAGUACACCGGGCUCAUCGCCAAGCUGAAGACGGACGGCCUCCCCAGCUACCAGGGCAACAUGGUGACCAUCACUCUGCCCAGCUCUGGCACUGCUUACAUCGUACCGCCGAGUGCCUCUUCCACAGUGGUGCCCCCCUCUGCCACAGCUGGUUCUGUGCAGCCUGCCGGAGCCACUGCAGGUUCAGCAACCAGCAGCCCUUGGCCUCAGUCUCAGCCUCAGUCUCAGCCUCAAUCUCAGCCUCAGUCUCAGUCUCAGCCUCAGCCUGUGCCAGCCUGCGUCACACCUGUCAGAGCUAACAAAGUGCCUGUUACUGUCAGCGCCUCAUCAGCCAUUUUGGUACCAGUCCCCAAAGAUGUGCCAAUGACGUCUGUCACCUAUGAGUGGGCACCACCAGUAGCCAAUAAGUAUCUGGCGGCGCGUUACAUCGAGCUGCUCCCGCCAGAGAAACGUCCGGUGGCUGGGACAGAGGGGGCUGCUUACCGUAGGCAGCAGAUGGCCCGCCAGCUGCCCGAGCACGACCAGGACCCGUCCAAGUGCCACGAGCUGAGCCACGCCGAGGUCAAGCUAAUGCAGCAGUUCGUCCGCAAGUACAAAGACGAGGCCCUGGGGGUCGGAGAUGUUGUGCUGCCUGAAGAAAUGGCUCUGGUUCAGGCAGGAGGGCAAGGAGGAGGACAUGGUGCUGGGGGGGCAGGGUUUGGACCGGGAGUUGGAGCUGCUGGGGUUGGAGCUGGUGCUGGUUCUGGGCCAGGGGCUGCAGGCCCAGGUGUUGGGCCUAUGGCUGGGGCUGGUGCUGGUGCUGGGGCUGGAUUUGGACCUGGAGCAGGGGUUGGAGGAGCUGGAGCUGGUGGUGCUGGACCACUUUCAGGGCCCGGGACUGGACUGGCUGGCUUUGGGCCAGCUGGUGGAGCCAUGGGUACUGCAGCCACCGCUGGAGCCAUUGUCCUCCCUGGAGCUCAGCAAGCUGGACUACCACAACAGGCCUUUUCAUGCAAUCACUGCCAGCAGCCGAUGCGUGUGGGCGAGCCGGCUGUCUAUGCUGAGCGGGCCGGCUACGACAAAAUGUGGCACCCGGCAUGCUUUGUGUGUUGUACCUGCAACGAGCUACUGGUGGACAUGAUCUACUUCUGGAAGAAAGGGAAGAUGUACUGUGGACGCCAUUACGGAGACAGCGAGAAGCCGCGCUGCGGAGGCUGUGAUGAGCUGAUCUUCAGUAAUGAGUACACUCAGGCCGAGGGCCAAAACUGGCAUCUGAAGCACUUCUGCUGUUUUGACUGUGACUGCAUCCUCGCCGGAGAGACCUAUGUCAUGGAGAAUGACAAGCCUGUCUGCCAGCCGUGCUACAUGAAGAGCUACGCUGUGAAAUGCUCGUCCUGCCAGAAGGCGGUAGAGCCCGAGGCCCAGAGGGUUUCCUACGGCGAGUACCACUGGCACGCCGAGCCACAGUGCUUCAAGUGCUCCGGCUGCUCCAAGUGCCUGGUCGGCCAGCGCUUCAUGGCGGUGCAGCGCUUCCUCUUCUGCUCUGUGGAGUGCAAGAAGAAAACCAUGGCUUAGAGGGCCAAAACAACUCCCUCCAUCUUCUCCACAACCAUGUGUGAAACCAGGACGGGUUCGGCGUAGACUAGAACCCGAGCAGGGAAAAGAAACACUAGUGCAGCUGCGGAUGGGAAGGGUCGGAUUGUGGUUGUUAACAUAAAAUAGAGUGCCUGAUACCUCUGAUAUACAUGUAGAGAAGUACCAUAAUAGGGAGUCCAUUUGCCUUUGGGUGCUCUUUUCUUUUUGUCCACAGUAUUGAUAAAUCCGUCUCAAUUAGACCCCUAAACUCCUUCAGUUUAUCUGCCUUUAAAAUCAGUCCUCUUAUUUCAACAAGUCGAUUUUGCACCGUUUUCUAACCGAAGAGAUUAAUUUUGUAUUGGUCAGAGUUUUUGCAAUCCAGUUUUUUUUUUUUAUGUUAAACCUGUGUCUUUAUUGUAUCAGCGCUAUGCUACUCCUUCAUAGAAAAACUACGGAUACUCACUCUCCUCUAUGCAGCAAUACAACCAGAAAUAUUGGUAUGGUUUGGGGUUGCUUUGCUUCCAUUGCACUAUAUGCCAGAUCUAACUGAAGAAAAGAAAAAAUUCCAUGAGAGAUUUUGAAGUACAUUGCCCUAUAUCUGAUAACAGAAUAUUUGGCUACUGUAGUUGUUUUAUUGCACAUAAUCCAAUGAGGUGAAUACAAAACGAUGUGAACAUCUUCCAGUAUACACUACCAGUUUAUGAGGUACCCGGUCUACCGUCCACCUUGUGUAUGUUAAUGGGGAUGAACAAAGUGCAAAAAUGUAUUGGUGUAUUGGAUUGCAUUGCCUUCUACUAAUGAACUGGUAAGCCUGUGUAAUACAGUCCAAUAAUACUGCAAACUAUAUCCUCAGAAAAUGCUGUAGAAUUGACAUGAUCUUCAGAAAUAUCCAGCUUCUGUAUUAUUCAAUUUCACAGGUGUUUGGACCUCCAUUAGCUUCCAUAAAGUGAUCUCUAGCCCUCAGUCCACAUAAUAACGUAAUUUAGAUAAAUAAGUAAUGAUUACAAGCAAAAUAAAACCUGUAUAAUUCUGUCUAAAUAAAAGGAAAAAGGCAAACCAAUCAUGAAGUGCAGAAAAUAAGUGUUCUUUUUCAUCCAAUUCUACCUAGAUCAUCCACUGGGCUCCUGGUGAAUAUAAACACUGUCAAGUUGUUGUAUAGGAAUGGCAUGGUACCCAAGGACUAUAAAACAGUUGUGUCCUCUAUUUUUAGUUUUUUUGUGCCAUGUAUUUUCCCUUUCAUGCAAUAAAGUGCACUUUAAAUGAC